AUGCUUUUCAAAUUCGUAUUUGGCAUUCUUUGCUCUAGCAGCUUGGUAGCCGCUCAUAUGGAAAUGAGCUGGCCAUAUCCUUUGCGCAGCCGGUUCGACCCCAUCAGCAAUCCUUCUCUCAUUGACUAUUCAAUGACUAGCCCCCUGGACCCACAUGGCUCCAAUUUUCCCUGCAAAAGCUACCAGAAGAACUCUCCCUGGCGCGCAACAGUCGGAUACACUGCGGGCAAUACCUACAACAUCACACUGUCCGGCUCCGCAACCCAUGGCGGAGGCUCCUGCCAACUCUCCUUGAGCUAUGAUAACGGCACGACUUUUAAGGUGAUCCAGUCCAUGGAGGGCGGAUGCCCUCUGCAAUCUAAAUACAACUUCAAGAUGCCCGAAGACGUGGCGGAUGGCGAUGCCCUCUUUGCAUGGUCAUGGUUUAAUCUAAUCGGAAAUCGAGAGAUGUACAUGAAUUGCGCAGAUGUCGUUAUAAGUGGCGGCACCGGAACUGUGAUGGCAUUUGAGAAUAAGUACCCGGAUAUGUUCGUCGCCAAUGUUGGCAAUAAUUGCUCAACUGUCGAGAAUCAGCAGACAGUUUUUGCCGAUCCCGGGGCGCAGGUUAUCUAUGGGGCUGGGGUAGCGCCGUCUUCGCCUCCUUUCCCCGACUGCUCUUGA